UGCGGGUGUUGUCCGCCCCACACUCACUCGCGGCUGCUUCCAUCUAUCCCUACGCCUCUCCGUGCUCAUCAAUUAGGCACAAAUUAAGCCGUUGUAGAUGCUUUAACUGAGCCCCUUUCCCAACUUUGAGGAGGAUUAUUUAUCGUGGACGAGUGGCCCCGGAUAAGUUUUUUUGUUUCCUUGGAGAGCAGGGGGGACAGCGGAGAAGAACCCGAAGGCAGUCAUGCCCUCAGUGAUGGAGCGCUCUGGGGCUGGGGUCCUGUCCAGGAGCAGGGCCAAAACAGUCACUAAUGGAAACAGCCAACCUCACUCCGAGGAGGAGAGCAGCGAUGAAGAGCACGCUCAUGACAGCAUGAUCAGAGUCGGGGGAGACUACCAAGCCCAGAUCCCAGAGUUCAAACCAGACAGUCCAACCCGCUACAAUGAGAAGGACCAGAGGAGCAUGCUGGUCUGGUGUCCCAACAGCCAGCUCUCAGACACAAUGUUGGAUGAGUACAUCCUAAUGGCUAAAGAAAAACACGGAUACAACAUGGAGCAGUCUUUGGGGAUGUUAUUAUGGCACAAACACGACGUGGAGCGCUCCCUGGCCGACCUGGCCAACUUCACGCCUUUUCCAGACGAGUGGACGGUUGAGGACAAGGUGCUGUUUGAGCAGGCCUUCAGCUUCCAUGGCAAGAGCUUCCACCGCAUCCAGCAGAUGCUUCCAGACAAACUGAUCUCCAGCUUAGUGAAAUACUACUACAGCUGGAAGAAGACCAGGUCCAGAACCUCAGUGAUGGACCGACAGGCCAGGAGGCUCAUCAACAAGAGAGAGAAGGAGGACAGCAAUGAUGAGAUUGAGGAAGGAGAGCCUGGUGAUGACAGCGACUUUGAGGUUGAUGCCAAAAAAGAGGCAGUGAAACAGAACACCAACAGCACCAGUUCAGACAAAGCCAUCCCCAGCCGGUCUGGGCCAGUGAAGAAGGAAAGCAUCGGGGCUCAGUACAGACAUCACCCGCUUAGAGCUCGCCGCAGACCACCCAAAGGCAUGCACCUCGACCAAACGGACAUCACAGCUCUGUCCACCUCUCAAGACGCUGGAGUUCUGUCCAUACGUCAGCUGGACGGACAGUUGGUGUCACUCAAGAGACAGGUUCAGGCGGCCAAACAGACCAACAGCAGUUUGAAGCAGAGCCUGACUGAAGGUGUUGAUGCAUUCAGACCUGCAGAGCCUGCCCCAAAGAUGAACUCUCGUUGGACCACAGAGGAGCAGCUGCUGGCUGUGCAGGCUAUUCGUCGUUAUGGUAAAGACUUUACAGCCAUUGCUGAGGUGAUCGGGACCAAGACGGCCCCUCAGGUGAGCUCGUUCUUUGUUAGCUACAGGCGCCGCUUCAACCUUGACGAGGUGCUGAGGGAGUGGGCCGCCGAGCAGGUGGCCACCAGCAGAGACCAGAGGGACCCCCGAAGGAGCAGUGAGGAGGUGGCAGCUCCAGACGGAGGAGCCGAGGAGGAGGAGGAGGAAGAGGUCAAGAUGGAAGACUCCCCACCAUAUCCGACCAGCAGCUCCUCUCCCCCCUCUGCCUCAGUCACUCCUUCCUCCCUCUCCCAGCCUCCCCCUCUGCUACGCCCAGCUCCCCCCUCUGCACCACCGAGCCUCCUCCGCCAACCGCCUCCUCUUCAGACGCGGCCACUCCAAAGCAGAGCGCCACAUAACCACCCUCCCCCUCCGCUCAUCCGGCCUGCAGUGACCACCUCCUCUAGCCUCAGGGGCUCUCCUCCCAGCUCCUCCUCUUCCACUGGAUGCCAGAUGCCUCCAUCACUGGUCGGCAUCAAAGUGGAGCAGCCCAACUCGCACUGAUGCAUUGGUUUGGGCACAAAAUAAAGCAAAUUGGCAUCUUCACACUCAGGUCCUUAAAAUGACCUUGUUCCCACACCUGUAAAACAGCUACCUCCAAACCUCAGCUCCACAUCCGGCCGACAGGUAGAAACUAGAGGUUAACACUAAAACACACCAGUCGCUUCCUCAACCUAAAGCUUUUGGAUAAACUAAGACUGAAAUACCGCUGCACCAUCCUGGUCGUAAGAGUUUUUCCCCUAUCUGAGCCAAACCUGCUUUUUGAGACGUGAAGAAAAUGGCUUUUUGAGUUUUGCUUUAAAUUUUUUAGGUCUUCAAAGAAGAUAAAAAAAGUGGUACAAAGGUGUAGAAAAGCUGAAUUUGUUGUGGCUUUUGGUAGUAGAGUUUGUCGCUUCUGGUCUGAGCUGCAGAUCACGGCUCCUGCUCUGCAGUGAAAGCCGUGUGAAGUAGUUCAAACUGGAGUGGCGUUUAAGGUUUUGUUGACUAGGUGAGUCCUAGAUUAGUGACUGUAAGUAGUUUAGAUUGUGCGUACUUUAUGACUGAGCACAAAGGAGCAAAUAAGAAGUAACUUUCAGGCCUGUGAACAGGUCAGUGUCCAAAAAGAGUCUGCUAAAGAAACUUCCACACAGGUAUUGAAAGACAUGCUUUUCAUAAUUGAUUUAUUACCCAUCAGAUGAAUAAAAAUGUAAGAGCUCAUCAGGACUAAUCCAAAUCAUUAGCUUGAUUUUUUUUUUUUCCUUUUUAAUUGAAGCACUGAGAAAUGUUCCAGUUGAAGCAUUAGGCAAUUUGACCGUUUUCAGUAUUGGUGAAACUUAAAAUGUAAAGAGAGAAAAAAAUUUAUGUUUUAAAACCUUUAUGGUUAUCAAUUGUUUGUUCAGGCUGCAAGAGAGUAAGACUUAGAGAAGAUAACAUGAAGGCUCUACAAAGUAAAGGUAUUAAACUGUUUGCAACCAACUCCUAAUUCUUAGAGAAACCUGUUUUGGUGUGAAGGAUUUGUUUGAAUUUCAGCUCAGAGGUCAAAUCAUAGCAUCUUUCUGCCUAUUGGAAUAAUCAUACCAGGAAGGAAGUGGUGUAGAUCUGGAAGCGCUUCCUGUUGCAGAUCCAACCACCUGAUGGCUGACGCCAGCCCACCUUGGAGAAAAGUCACACUUCCAGUCGCGCCAACAUUUUCUUUAAUGAUUCCUGAUGUAAUGGAAAACAUUCAAGAACAAAUUCAGGCACAAUGGGGCGUCUUUUGUUUGCUCCUUUUCUUCUCACUUCAUCUGGCUUUAAAGAGGACUGCCUUGGAUUUUCCUUGUUCCUGCUUGUUUGUACCAUAUGUGAGAAGUUGUUUACACUGUGGCAGGAGAACUGCUUCUGUUUGGUUUAAAUAAAAACCAAAAUGUUCAGUUUUA